AGCACAGUCAGAUCUGAAUUUUUCCCCCAUCUGAUACUCCUGAGAAGAGCUUAAACCCCAGACGUCCAGCGGUCACUGCAGCGGCGUGAGGAGGGAGAAAACCUGUCAGAAGAUGACUGAUAAUGCUGUGUUUGAGCAUGAUCAAAUCACUGAGGAGCCGGGCAGAAAUGGCAUGGCUGGGUCAAAUGUCAUCGCCAUGGAGCUCAUAAAGAAGCAACAUGGAGCUACUGUCAGUUUCCACAGCAUCCGUUAUAGAGUGGAGCAGAAGAGCGGACCCAUCUGCAGGAGGACAACAGUCCAUAAAGAGAUUCUGGUGGACCUCAAUGGGAUCAUGAGACCUGGUUUAAAUGCUAUUUUGGGUCCUACGGGAAGUGGCAAAUCUUCUUUUUUGGAUGUACUCGCAGCCCGGAAGGAUCCUGCAGGUCUUUCUGGUGAAGUUCUCAUCAAUGGAGCCCUACAGCCGCCUAAUUUCAAAUGCCUUUCUGGUUAUGUUGUCCAGGAUGACAUAGUGAUGGGGACUCUGACAGUGAGAGAGAACCUCUGUUUCUCAGCCGCGCUACGUGUGUCCUCCCAAAUCAGUCCAAGAGAGAAAGAGGCGAGAGUGACCCAUCUCAUCUCAGAGCUGGGCCUCAACAAAGUCGCUGAUGCAAAGGUGGGCACGCAGCUGAUCCGAGGUAUCUCAGGUGGCGAGAGGAAGAGGACCAGCAUUGGGAUGGAGCUGAUCAUAGACCCCUCUGUGCUGUUUUUGGACGAGCCCACCACCGGUCUGGACGCUAGUACGGCUUAUUCUGUGCUCCUGCUGCUGAAGAGAAUGGCUGGUCAGGGACGCACCAUCAUCAUGUCUAUUCAUCAGCCGCGAUACUCCAUUUACCAGCUCUUCGACAGCCUCACCCUGCUGGCCAACGGCAAACAAGUUUAUCACGGACCCGCUCAAGAUGCUCUAGACUACUUUGCCAACAUUGGAUAUGCUUGUGAAGCUCAUAAUAACCCAGCUGAUUUCUUCUUGGACAUCAUUAAUGGCAGCUCUGCAGCUGUCAACAUUACAAAGAUUCAGAAUAAUGGAGAUUUAGAGUUUGAAGUGGCUGCCGUCAGCCAGCAGUCUAUUGAGGAUCAGCUGGUGGAGAAGUACAAAAGCUGCAGUUAUGCACAGAGCAUCAAAGCUGAGCUAGAGCGCAUCACCCGGGCCAAAGACAACAACAUCAGAGCCAAGUGUCACACCAUCACCUACAACAGCUCGUUCUUCCACCAGCUCCACUGGGUGUUGUGGAGAACCUUCUGGAAUCUAAUGCUGAACCCACAGACUUCAGUAGCACAGCUGGCUGUCACGACCCUCAUGGCUGCCAUUGUUGGUGCAAUCUUCUAUGGAGUCAAAGAUGACCAGAGUGGCAUACAAAACAGGUUUGGUGUUUUGUUCUUCAUCACAACGAAUCAGUGUUUCAGCACACUCUCGGCUGCCGAGCUCUUCAUCACCGAGCGCAAACUGUUUAUUCAUGAAUACACAAGUGGAUACUACAGAGUGUCUGUCUACUUCCUGUCUAAGAUCCUGUCUGACAUCAUCACUCAGCGCACAGUCCCCACCAUACUCUUCACCUGUGUUGUUUAUUUCAUGAUUGGGUUAAAACCCACAGUGGCAGCGUUCUUCAUCUUCAUGUUGACAGUGAUUCUGGUUUCUUGCGCGGCUGCAUCCAUGACCAUGGCCAUCUCAGCCGACCAAUCGGUGGUGGCCGUGGCCAACAUCUUCAUGACCAUCAGCUUCAUCUUCAUGAUGAUCUUCUCUGGUCUGCUGGUUAACCUGAAGAGCAUCAUGGACUGGCUGUCCUGGCUGAAGUACCUCAGCAUCCCUCGCUAUGGACUCGAGGCGUUGGAGAUAAAUGAGUUUGUGGGGCUGAAGUUUUGUGGGAAUGUCUCUGCCGUGAUGAGCAGCCCUGCUGCUGACAUCUUCAUGUGCACAGGAGAACAGCAUCUGACAUUCCAAGGAAUCGAUUACUCAUCCUGGUGUUUAUGGCACAACCACAUAGCACUUACAGUCAUGACUUUGAUUUUUCUCAUCAUCGCUUACAUCAAGCUCAGAUUCAUUCCUAAGCUCUCGUAAAUGUUCUGAUUAAUGUUAGCUUUAUGAAUCAUCGCACAUUAGCACACUCAAUUCUGCUGUCUUACAGUAUCAUUUUGUCCUUUACAGUAAGGAUGAAUGUAGAUGGAAUAGUUGUGCUUUCUUUCAAUACUGAUUUUAUCCCAAAUUCAAGACUGUAAAAGUCAUAUUAAUAUUGGCGCUAUUUACUUUACAAAUACACAUUACUGGUCUUACUGUGAGUAGUUAAUCAGUUCACAUUAUUUUUCUGGUAAUCAAUGUGUCCCUACAUUUUUUUUUUCUUAUUCUGUGCAAAGGUAUCACAUUAGAAGAAAAAAAUGGGCUGUUAAUGUUUCAUGUUGACUUGUUAGUGUACUAUUACAUCGUAACAUUAUAGUAAAAAAUAAGAGAUCCUAAAUGAGAGUGUUUCAUAAGGUUAUAUUAUGUUACCUUUACUGAAAUGAUUUAUUAAUCAAGUUAAAUGUAAAUAUUUUGUCACCUCUCUUUCAUUGUUCCCUCAGUCACAGGCCUGGUACGACUCGCUCCUUCAUAAUCCGUGUAACUGGUCUUAAUGUGGCCUAAUCCACAGCCAACGAGAGAACUGAAAACACUGUUUGCUGUGCUAAAACCACAG